CUGUUCACUCACAUUUUAAGCUCCCGGCUAAGACGUCAGCAGAGUGUUGGUGUCUGCAGUGUGCAAGGUUACGGUGCGUUGGGCUGAAAAGGAGGGACAUUCCUCUGCACCGCUGAAUACGCUGUUAGCUUCAAGCUUGUAAGGUCACGAGGGCUCAUUCCUCAGUUUCAUCUCAGCUGAGCAGCCUGACAUGAGGCCACUCGGUGGAGAGUCUUUGUCCACUCUGUUGGACUGGUUUCCAGUUAGUCUGCACUGGAGCUGAGGGAAGAUGAAGCUGGUCUCAGAGCAGAGGGACGAGGAUCUAGACCUCCAGCUCCUUAUGGCUGUGUAUGAUGAGAACAUCCUGAAGAAUCCUUUCUACUUGGCGUUGGAGAAGCAGAGACCGGACCUCUGCAGCCGAGUGGCAGAGCUCCACGGCAUCGUUCUGGUGCCUUGUUGUGGAAGUUUAACCGUCAGCAGCUACUCAGACUCUCAGUUCGACAGCUAUGUCCUGCAGCCUGCGGAGGACGGAUACCAGACUGUGGAUGGAAAGGAGGUCAGGAUCCAGGACAGGCAGGUCCUGCUGGGAUCUGGCUUCCCGACUCCCUCGUCAGUCCCCAUUCUGUUUGAGGAGACCUUCUACAAUGAUCAGGAGCAGAGCUACAGCAUCUUGUGCAUCUCCAGGCCUGUCGAGGUCGAUCCGAGCCCGGCUGAGGCCGGCCCGCCGCCCCCCUACUGUCUGAAGAGCCUGGAGGAUGUCAGGGAGUUCCUCGGCCGCCACGCCCAGAAACUGGACAAAUUCAUCCACGGCUUCUGUCAGGCCUUCAGAGAGCAGGAGAGGAAGGGACUCCGACACCACAUAGACUCUGUGAACGGUCUUUACACUAAAUGUCUUCAGUGUCUGCUGAGAGACUCUCGCCUGAAACUUCUGGCGAAGCAGGAGCUUCAGAUGACUCUUCUCAAACAGGCGGUAGAGAUGUAUGUUCAUCAUGGUAUCCAUGAUUUAAUUUUUAACUUUGUGGGAACGCUUGAAGCCAGCCAGGACGCUGCCUUCAACAAAAUCACCAGGAGUCUGCAGGACCUGCAGCAGAAAGAGCUGGGAGUCAAAGCUGACUUCAGUAUAAACUUGUCUCGGGCAAAGAGAGAGCUGAGUCAGCUCAACCAGCAGACCUCCCCCCUCCUCAAACUGCUCUGCCUGCGGAGAGUCACCCUGACCGCCACCCAGACCCCGAGAGGCACUGUCAGUAUCGAGGCUGUGUGUGCAGAUGACCUACUCUCUGUCAUCCUCUAUCUGCUGGUGAAGACGGAAAUUCCCAACUGGAUGGCCAACCUGAGCUACAUCCGGAACUUCUGCUUCAGCCACUCCAGCAAAGAUGAACUCAGCUACUGUCUGAGCACUUUCGAGGCCGCAGUGGAAUACAUCAACCUGGGGAAGCUGCAGGACUCACACUCUGGCUCGGGUGAGCUGAAUGACAAGGCGUUGUUCAAGGAGAGGAUGAGUCUGCUGUUUCAGAGCGCUGCCACGCCCAUCCACUGUCUGUUUGAGCACAUCGCAAAUGGAAAUGAAGGGGAGGUGGAACGUCUGCUGAGUGAAGGAGAGAUCAACGAGGACGUCAGGAUGUGUCAUCCCCUCUGCUCCUGUGACCUUUGUGACCUCCAGCUGUCUGGGCGGUUGAACGACCCAUCCAUCGUGACACCAUUCUCCAGAGACGACAGAGGUUACACUCCGCUGCAUGUCGCUGCCAUCUGUGGUCAGGCCCAGCUGAUCGACCUGCUGGUGUCGAAAGGAGCGCCGGUCAACGCCACAGACUACCACGCCCUCACACCGCUGCACCUGGCCUGCCAGCGGGGAUACCAGGGAGUCACGCUGCUGCUGCUGCACUACAAGGCCAACACGGACGCUCAGGACAACAACGGAAACACGCCACUUCACCUCGCCUGCAUGUAUGGACACGAGGAUUGUGUGAAGGCGUUGGUGUACUACGACGUCCAAGCUUGCCGCCUGGACCUGCAGAACGAUAAAGGCGACACAGCGCUGCACAUGGCGGCCCGCUGGGGCUACGAGGGAAUCAUCCAGGUGCUGCUGGAGAAUGGAGCAAACACGGACAUCCUCAACAAGAACAAAGACUCCCCGCUGCAGUGUGCUCUCAACUCCAAGAUCCUUGUGUUGUUGCAGUCGAAUCAGAACGGACGUCAGCGCAGCGGCAGCGGAGUGGAUUCUCCCAGUCGCUCCCCUCUGGCCUCAGACUGCAGCAGCCGUCGCUCCUCCAUCUCCAGCACCUCCUCUCUGGGCUCCGAGGCCAAACCAGAGGGAGAGCGGGUCCGACACAGAGAGGUGGAGAAGCUGCUGCGUGCCGUGGCAGACGGUGAUGUGGAGAUGGUGCGCUACCUGUUGGAGUGGAUGGAUGAGGAAGAGGACGAAGGAGAGUUUCGGUCUGAGGCUCUGCUCUGCCACCCACUGUGUCAGUGUCCAACCUGCGCUCCCACUCAGAAGCUGUCAGUCAUGCAGGCCGGAACUCUCGGGGUUAACAGCUGUAACAUUGACGGUUUCACGCCGCUCCACGUCGCCGCCCUGCACGGACACUCUGCGCUGGCCGCCCUGCUGAUCCGCCACGGAGCCAGCGUCAACGCCCGCACCAACCAGAGCGCCACACCGCUUCACCUGGCCAGCCAGACCAGCCACAUCCAGGUGAUGAGGUUUCUGCUUGAGUGCAACGCCAAACUGAACAAGAAGGAUCACUAUGGCAACACACCUCUGAUACAGGCCUGUCUCUGUGGAAACCUGGAGACAGUCACCACCUUGUUACAGAGUAACGCGUUGGUGAACGUGGUGAACCUUCAGGGGAACACGGCCCUCCAUGAGGCGGUGCGGGGUGGACACCAGGCGCUGGUGGAGAUGCUGCUGAGGGGUGGAGCCUCUCCUGGCGUCAGGAACAAGAGGCAGAGGACACCACUUGACUGCGCCUAUGAACUGGGUGGCAAGAACACGGAGAUCCUGAGAGCUCUACAGAAAGCAUCUGGACUUUCUCCUGAUGCUGAACCAAUCAAACUCCUCUCUGUGCCCAAAGGAGCUCUGGCUCAUUCGUUCGUCCAGCGUCUGCGGCUGCAGGAUCACGCCAACGGCAGGAAACAGAAGCUGGCUCAGUCCAUCAGCAGGAUCCAGCAGAUGAAGAAAGGAUCCUGUGCUCCUCCCUCCAGGUGUUCAACAAACCUGAACCAGGGGAAUCCAGACAGGAGGAGAAUGAGGCGAGGGGAGACAGUGGAGGUCAGCAGCCCCUCUGCAAGCUUUGACGUCAGGCCUGGGCUGAGAGAGCAGCGGCCCCUGGGUCGCUGUCACACCCUGGACUCAGGAGAACACACACUGGAGCCGCCGGUGCCCACACACACUCCCAACACGACGGAAUACACUCCACAUGAGGGUAAUCAGACAGAUGACACACACACUGAGAACACAGCAGGUGUUCAGAUGUCCAGGGACGACUCAAAGGCCGAAACCAGUGAAACACAGUCCGCUGAUGAGGGCAGCACCGGCAGUGAGAUCUCUCCAUCAUCUGCCUCUAAUGCACCGACUCAGGCUGAUGAUCCGUCUGAACCCAGUCCCACACACACCUCAACCACUUCCUCUGCUUCACAUGACGGCACCGAGCCGCAUGACACCAACAACCUCUGCCCUCUGAACAGUGAGCCGGAGUUACCUGACGAUCAGAGUCGCACUGACACGGAGGCUUUGCAGUCAGAAAGCAAGGACGCAGACUCCAGCCCAACCUGCCCCGCUGACCUCCACCCCACAGCCCCGACUGAUGGAGGCGAACAGAGAGACGCUAACCAAACACCAGAGGGGAGCGCAGAGUCGGAUCAUUGAGGCUGCGCUUGAAACCGAGAUGUUGGUGAGGAAUCGUUCAGAUAGAUUAUAGAGGAGCACAAAACAGACUUUUGGUUCCCUCGAUGUAACACCAAAAAUGAAAACAGGAAGCACACAGUUUCAGAUCAGAUGUGACAAUGACUCUGUGACAAAGCUGAUUUAAACUGUCGACGGAGAAAGUGCGCAGUUAAGUCACAGUUCUGGGGCCGACUUUGACUCCUACCAGUUGAAAACAGUUCUUUCAACAGUUUUAAUUCUACAGAAACAAUGCAGUAAUAGAAAGUUGUAAGUGGUCAAAAGGGUCGGUUCACCCAACUUACAGAACAAUGUAUUUUCUCCCUUAUCUCUAGUGGUAUCUGACCAUGCAGAUGGGUUUGGUUUGGGGGUUAGGGUUGAACGUGAGUUGGGACGCUGCCCAGCUUUGGUGCAGUGGAGAUAUAUCAGCCGUGGAAUUUAAUUUAAUACCUUCAUGUAAAUUUCAGUUAACCAACUUACCAAAAGGAGAGAGAGAAGGAAAUAUAAAAUGUGCAAAUAUGGGGAGCAAAGGAGAGGAAGGUGUGCAUAUGGACAGAAGGAGAGGUGAAAUAAACAACUUUUAUUUUGUGAUUAUUGGAUGACUCAGCAGUGAUGUUUGUGCAACACUGCAGACUGGAGUCUCUGUGACUUAAAAGGUUUAAGGUUUAAAGGUAAAGGUUCGAAGUGGGGUUGUAUGAGGUGCUAAUCCAUAGUCAGGAAAUUACCUACGGUAGAUGGUGGUCAGCACGACCACAGUCUGGAGAAACAGGCAAAUUCCUGCUGUGGCCAAGGGCAGCCGCAAAACAUAUUCUAGCCACUUAAAAAUCAGUUUAAGUGUACGCCAUAUUUAGAAUAUUUUACCACUUUACCUUCUUGUGACUCCUUUGACAAAAACAGUAAAGCUUUGUUCAUAGUAGUGUGAGACAGUAUGGCGCAGGCCUCCCGAGCACGUAUAGAGGCAUUAAUGCUCACACAUUGUUUGCUGCAAUAGGUGGCGUACAAAGGAAGUACUCUGUGGACAAGCAAGACGUCAACAAGUCUUCACAGAAAACGUUACCGGAGAAGCAGGCUGCCUGGCAACAGCAGUGAACACCAAUGUACUGCCAAACAUUGCAUUUGUGUACUGCCAUUAUAACUGUUGCCUGCCUCCAAGUGGAAAUUAUUAGUCACAAAAAUUCUGAGGUGCACAUUCAAGCGCUGUGUCAGCUUUCGGAGCUUUCGCAUGCAGACCCUGCGACAGUUUUAUCUCUCCAUACACUGGAGUUGCUAGUCUACCACUGCCUCGAUCUGUUAUUUUGUUUGCGUCGUUGUGUGAUUUUGGUGAAUCCGAACUAACUCUUUAAAACACCAAAGUAAAAACCAACCAUAGAACCCACACAGCUGUGUCUGCAGGGGCAGGUCAGUGAGAAAAUGUGUGUGUAAUUUGGGUGUACUGACCCUUUAAAGUCACAAUGAAAUGUUAAAAUGUAGGUUUCUGUGGUGCGUGACUCUCUUAAAGGUAACGUCGUCUCAUAGCGUCCACAAAUCCCUAAAUUCCCUCCUGGUCACUGUUGAUGUGUUGAAAUGUGAUAUAGCUCUGAGUUAACUGUCAAAAUAAAAUCUCAAGAGAGAGAGAGAGCUUGGGAGAAAUUUAGGGAGUUGUUCUAAGGUCCACUGAAAUCUUUUUGGGGCUUACGACAGCAUCUUAUUUUCAGGUGACUGCAAAACUUUUUCUUUUUCUUCUGUUAGAUUGUAUAUUUUGGAAACUUUUACUUCCUGCGGAGCAGCGCAUCUUUAAUCGUUAAACUAACUGUUGAUCAGUUGAUGUACAGAAAAAACCAUUUUGCACAUUUCUGCCUCUGUUAAUAAAUCAAACCUUUCUUUUCCUGUACUAA